GCCGCUUAUAAUGGUAGCCGACAGGAACAGACGAACAGCGAGGUAUUGGUAUUGCCCUGAUCCUUAUCUUCAACUUCUCGCCAGGCACAUGAAUCAAUCGAUCAAGCCGCAUGGGACCCAUAGCUCCUCCAGCAAGGGACAUAUGAACAAGGGUCCCAUACACAUUCAGAACGGGAUAUGAUGAAUAAAGGCAAUAAAGCAGUUAUAAGUACAAGAAUUUGCGGCAAGGAGCAGCACCAGGGAACAGAGGUGAAAAGCUUUUGCAAAAAGCGCACUUGAAUGAUUCAGACUACAAGAAGAAGACUGUUAUCAUAAGACAACAACAGGAACAAGGCUGUUAUGUACGACUAAUGUACCAGACAACAACAACAAGAACAAGGCUGUUAUCAUAAGCCUCUGAGGAAACUUCAUAUUUAUUACAUAUUAAGACGAACAGGAAAUAAUGUUUUUGAGUUUGUCGGAGAUGUAUAUGAGACGGCUGAAAGCCCUUGCAAUUGAGUCCCCACACUCUAGGCAACACCUCGCGAACAGGUAAAUGAAUGAACAAGAUCAAAAAUUGUCA